AUGGCAGCACGCAUGACCCGGCCAUCAACUCCUUCAGAGUACUCACCUCUGCUUUCUGCUGACCCAGAGGCCGUUGAUCAUGGACACUCAACAUUUCCUCAUAGUCAGCAUGAGCCCCCUGUAGCGAAUGCGCCCCCAAGCAGGCUUGCACGUCGUCUGUACAUCUCCCACUUCUUAUCAACAUGGAACUCUCGCGUCUUUGAGUUUGGGGCUGUCCUCUACCUGGCUUCGAUUUAUCCGGGAACCCUGCUACCUAUGUCCGUCUAUGCCCUUUCCCGAGGCGUUGCAGCAAUUCUCCUGGCACCAGCCGUGGGGCAUUAUAUCGAUACAGGAAAUCGACUGCAGGUAGUUCGAGUCUCGAUUGGUGCAGUGCUACAAAGAAUCGCGGUCUCCGCAUCUUGCGUGAUAUUCUACUUGCUUGCAAUCGGGCAACCGGCGCUCAGCGAGAUUGAUAGUAUUCUGCUCAUAGCAUUAGCCCUCCUUGCCUGUAUCGAGAAGCUGUGCUCUAUCAUGAAUCUGGUAUCUGUUGAGAGAGACUGGGUACGUAUAGAGAAUAGCUCUGAAACGAUCACGAUAGCCUCAAGACCUAACAUAGCUACGAAUGCCCAGAUGCGACGGAUUGACCUCAUCUGUAAACUUAUCGGGCCGCUCGCCAUAGCCUUGGUCGAUGGUGUGUCGACUAAGUUUGCCAUUUUGUUCAAUCUGGGAAUGAACAUCUGUUCUGUAGUUGUUGAAUACUUUUCGAUAGCCAGGGUAUACUAUGAAGUACCCGAGUUGCAAGAGCGAAAGACGAAAGCAGACCACGAUUCGCCAAGCAGAGAGUCCGACCAACAAAGUAUCAUGGCGCGCCUCUCGCACUAUUGGCAUCGUCUGACACGGAAGGCUUUAGGUGAUUUUGCCUCUUACUUCCGUCACCCCGUUUUCCUCCCGUCAUUCGCUGGAGCUUUACUAUACCUCACCGUCCUCUCAUUUGCCGGGCAAAUGGUCACAUGGCUCCUGUCGACAGGCUACGACUCCACACAUGUCGGCAUUGCAAGAACCUUAGCUGUCGCCUUUGAAGUCCUAGCAACAUGGAUCGCUCCUUGGCUGAUGGGGAGAAUCGGUCCCACUCGAGCCGGGCUUUGGCUCGCUAAUUGGCAGCUUGCGUCACUGGUAGCUGGAAUAUCCAUCUUCUGGAUAUUCCCCGAUCAGCCCCUGAUCUCUGCGUCGGGACUGGUAGGAGGAACAAUUCUUAGCCGAGUCGGAUUACGAGGCUUUGAUUUGUGCGUGCAAAUCCUUGUUCAGGAGGGCGUCGAAGCCGAAAACCGAGGCAAUUUCUCUUCCAUAGAGACUGCAUGGCAGAAUGCCUUCGAAAUCGGCUCGUUUAUCUCUACUAUAGUCUUUUCGCAACCAGACCAGUUUGAAUGGCCGGCGCUGAUCAGUGUCAUUGCUGUUGGCCUUGCUGGGAUGCUUUAUACGCUCUUUGUUCGCAUGCAGCGUGGUCAUUUGAUCCAUGUCCCGAAGUGGAUUGCUACUCCAGGAAUGCUACAACAAACGAGGGAGAGGUGCAUUGACCGGAUUUCUUCGGCGUCGGACUUUUAG